AUGAAUAUAAAGAUAUAUCUCUCAUCGAAGCUGAUAGAAAAAUGCACAUUUUGUGAACUGUACGGUCUGGUGGAAGAUUUGCGUGAUGAAAUACGGUUUACGGUUCUGGACGCAGAACCGCUACCCAACUACACCGACCCGAUUGGGAAGAUAUGCAGUGUGGCCGACUACAUGCAAUUCCGAACGGCACAAAAUGAUAGAACGCUCCGAGAACAACUCGCUAGGGAGGAUAACUUUCUUCGGCUAGCUAUUUCCAACAGCGGUCGUAUCAAGCACGUAAUGGCAAAGGUGAAAGGCGUUACUAUAGAGUCACUCAACAAGCUGCUUAUAAUAUACGACGAAAAGGGCUUUAGCAAUCUGGCCGAAAAUGAUUUGAACGCCGAAGACUGUGAUAAUGAUUUGCUGCAUCUUGCACGGUUGAUAAAGGCCAGCAAAUCGGAAUCGGCCGGCUGGAUGGAGAAACUGUACGCUCUGGCCGAACGAGAUGGGGUCCAAAGGUUGUACGAGGUGUUGCUACCCGUAGGCAAGGGCUUGAGUGUGAUGUUUAGAAAGACUGCAUUGUAUUACCAUUUUAACGAAUGGGUGGAAUGCAUACAGCAGAAGGAUGCAAAUGCCGUGAAAUGGACUUUGCUGAUUGACAUUUGUUUCGGUGUUGCCAUUAUGAGUCUAAUUAUUUGCUUCGGUAAUCCUGGCACAAGAUUCAUGGAAUUUGCCGAGGUUGUUGUUGACAGCCUUUUGCAACUUCUACAGACUCUGAGGGGCAAUCCGAUUGGAUUGAAACUGAACGGAUCUCUGAACGAAUUUUUCUUCAGCUGCUUUAGCUACCAGGUUGACCUAUGGUGGAUGUUUUUAAUUAUACUAUCGCCAGCAAUUCAGUUCCUCUUCAUUCCGUUAUCGAUUUUGGGUUUAUUUGGACUAUCAUUUCAAGUGGCCAUGCUUUCGGACUUGAUCGUUCUUGUCAGCUUGCAUGCUCACUGCUGCUACAUCUAUGUUGCGGUCCUGUAUCGCAUUGAAGUUGGAGGAAUGGGAGCGCUUUAUCGUACCGUGUUGGGAAAGAAGCGCAAUGUGCUACGUGAUCGUGUCGAAGCGCACGAUUACAUGAAUCGUCAACUGUUUCUGGUAACGCUUUCCUUUACCGUACUACUGUUCCUGUUUCCCACCAUUCUAUUCUACUACAUAGUAUUCGCAUCGCUUCGCUUUGCAAUUUAUUGUCUAUCGUACACUCUGAUGAAAAUACGCCGCACCAUUCUAAGGUUUCCGUUCGAUGCAAUGAUCCGAUGGGUGAGAGGAGUUUACACGAAUCUGGAAAGCUUGGAAAUCUACAACAUUGGUUCGAUAGCGAAGGAAAACGUGACAAUCACAUACGUCGCUCCCAGGUCGGCCACAUUCUGGUUCCGGGACACAUCAAGUGAUUUCCCGCGCUUGGAUCCGAAGCGCCAAAUCAGCACAUCGAUUGGGGAGUUUUUUGUAAGUUUAGUGAAGGGAGAGCAAGUUACCUUUAUCCAGCCAGACGAACGAAUUUCAACGCCUGUAAAGGAGAAAGAACAAUAA